GUGUGUGUGUGUGUGUGUGAGCAGGUAUACCUGUGGGUGAGUGUGAGUGCACGUGUGUGUGUGUGUGUGUGUGAGCAGGUAUACCUGUGGGUGAGUGUGAGUGUACGUGUGUGUGUUCGCGUGUGCAUACGUGCACGCGUGAGUGUUUUUGUGUCCUAUAGGGGCACGUGUGGGUAGGUGUGAGAACACCUGUGUGUGGGAAAGCAUUGACUCCCGGAGUCAACUUGUCCAUUGUACUUAAGGUAGCAUUUAUACUUUGCUACAAAAUAUGAAUUCUAUUAAUAUUAUAGACUAUGCCACAUACCUUGCACUUGUAUCCAGCACCCCAGAAACAGAAAACUUCCACUCGCAGUAUGUGGUCUUGAAGACCAUUGGCCGUGGAGGCUUUGGCGAAGUAAAACUGGCCCACCAUCGCCUCACAGGCACCCCGGUGGCUAUCAAAGUACUACAGAGGAAGAUGUGGUGUUUUCGUGUCAAGUCCGAGGUAAAUAUUAUGAAGAUGAUCAACCACCCCAACAUCAUCUCACUUAUCCAAGUGAUUGAGGAUGAGAAGAAAACAUACCUCAUCAUGGAGCUGGUUGAGGGAAAACAAUUAUAUCAACACGUCCUAAAGGCUGGCCACCUGGAGGAGGACCACGCCCGGGGGAUCUUCAGGCAAAUCUUAAGUGCCGUGAGUUACUGCCAUGAGCAUGGAAUAAUUCAUCGGGACCUGAAACCAGACAACAUCAUGUUGGAUGGGAACGGAAAAGUCAAAAUCAUCGACUUUGGCCUUGGCACCCAAGUCAAGCCUGGGCAGAAGCUUAGCUUUUAUUGUGGGACUUACCAAUUAUUUGCCCCUGAAUUUUGGCUGGGCAGACUUUAUGACGGCCCCAAGGUCGACAUAUGGACCUUGGGAGUUAUUUUAUAUUUCAUGGUAGUCGGGAAAUUCCCAUUUGAUGCUGACUCCAUACCAGAGCUCCAAGAUCAGGUUGUGAAAGGGAAGUAUACCAUACCCUUGGACUUGUCAAAAGAACUUAGGGACCUUCUUAGUCUCUUAAUGACAGUCAACCCCAGACGUAGGCCAACGGUGGACGAAGUCGUGACACACCCCUGGCUAAAAAAGGACAUGGAGGCUUCUCCAAAUUAUUAUGAAGAAAUGGUCCCCAGCUUGCCUGACCCUGCAAUUGUGGAAGCCAUGAAACGUAUUGGGUUCCAAGCCCAGGACAUCAAAGACUCAUUACAACAGAGAAAAUAUAACCAGACCAUGGCAACGUAUUGCUUACUAAAAGGGCAGGCUCUCCAGUGGCCUAUCUGCACAACCUUGGAUCAACCCGUGAAUCCAGGGGUGGCGCCAUUCCCUUCCCUAGAGGAUCCUGUUGCUUUCCCUCUACCACCCAGGAGGAGGAGCAGUGAGCCCACCCUUGGCACAUUGCUCAGAGGGUCAUCCACUAGUGGUCAGCUGUCUGCCUAUGGCCAGCAGGCAGGUCAAAGAGGAGGCAGAAGGGCCACAGAGUACGCCAUUCCUCACCAGAGGACACUCACUUUGGACGAAGACCACCCACGCUCUAAGAGUCUUCCCUGCAUUUACUCAAGGAGUACCAGCAGUGAUAACAUGGAAGACAACUUCCGCCCCAACAGAGCCUCAGCAAAGGGCAAGUCCACACGCAGCCAUGGUCAGCCUCGAGGCUUGAGGGCAUGGACAAGGAGGAUAGGAAACGCCCUCAGGAGACUGUGCUGCUGCUUUCCAUCAAGGCAGAACAAAGUCUUCCCUCAGAAAUGAGGCACAAGGAGGGAGUGUGGAGAACAAGCAGCAGGCCUGGCCCAGGUACCUUUCUGUGUUUGAAUGAGUGUUUUACUCAUGUCUGUCUCAAUGGACAGAUCAUAACUAUGUGUAUUUUAGCCGGGCAGUGGUGGCACACACCUUUAAUCCCAGC